AUGGUCGCCAGCGCUAUGGGCGAAGAGCCUUCACGGCAACCGCUGCUUAGCCAGUACAGCCCCGCCAAAAGGAAGCGACGGGACGCGGUGAAUGAGGAUGUUACUCCCGAAGACAGGGCUGAAACCAUCCCUGGCUGCGCCAGUGUCAGAGCGCCGGUUAAAAGACCCAAGAGCCCAAGAUACAGAAAACAGAGCCCAGCAUCCAGCCGAUGUGACAGCGGAAUUUGUGUUGACCUGUCACCUUCUUCGAGCCUCUCAGAUGCAGACUGUGCCAGUCCCGCUCUUAGAAACAGCUGGUCCUCCCGCGGGCUGACUACUCAGCUUGAUUUACACAUUUUUAGAGAAUACGGGGAGAAAUGUUACGAUCUUAAUCGAGAAUCUGAGAAGAAAUUUCACCCCCGGAAUUGCUUGGCAGGUCAGCUGCAGGUAACUGCAGAAGACCGAUGUAAACUGGUGAGCUGGCUGAUCCCGGUUCACAGGUACUUUAACUUCUCCUUUGAAUCUAUGUGCCUCACUGUGAACAUCAUGGACCGUUUCCUUCAAACGACCCCCGUGGCUUCGGAUUGUUUCCAACUUGUUGGGGUAACUUCGCUUCUCCUUGCAUGCAAACAAGUUGAAGUUCACCCUCCCAAAAUUAAACAGCUGCUUUCCCUCUGCUGUGAUGCUUUUACUGGUGAUCAGCUCCGGAACCUGGAGUGCAUCAUCCUAAUCAAACUCGACUUCGAGCUGGCUGCACCGAGUGUGGAUUUUUUCUUGGACUAUUUCACCAACACGAGGGUGGAGCAUCAGCAGCCACGCAGCCGGGCCGUCAGCGCUGAACGCCUAGCCAGGCGCCUUGCUGAGCUCAGCUUCGCCGAUUACUCCUUCAAUAGCUACCCGCCUUCCUUGCUGGCCAUCUCUGCCCUGAGCUUGGCCGAUCGUAUGUUAUAUCCCAAGGAAGGUAUCCAGCUAGAGUUCAGCGAUUACUCGCCCUGCGUGUUGGAGAACUGUAUAGCGAGACUGAAGUUGCUGGCGGCUUUGAACGAAGAGUCACUGGCCCUCUUCCAGCUCUUUGGGCCGACAGAUAAUGAGCUCAGCGCUGAGUUAUGAGAUGUUUCGCAGUUACACCGCGGUCACGUUUGU